AUGAAGCAUAAAAUUAGCUAUGGAAGCGUGAGAUUUUCAAUAAUCUUCAUACUGGGAUCGGCUUUUUUUAUCUGCAGCUCAAUCGAAUUCGUAUCAGCCUCAAUUCACGAGUACAACAAUGAACGCUUCACUCCUCAGUCCAACUCCUUCUUCUUCCACGGUGGAAGUGAGGGCCUCUACGCUUCUUCUCAAAAAAUCGAUAAGGGGAAGUCCUUUAUUAGGUUCGAAAAUGUUGCCUUUCUGAGGACAAAAGAGUCAGCUGAUAAUCAUAAUGAAAUGCAAAGUAGGACCGGAUUAAUUGAAGCUAUUGUUCUCGAGGUGAAAGAUAGAGAAAGGAUUGGAGAUGCAUAUACAAAAUCUAAUGCAAUAUGUUGCACACCGAAGCUUGCUCAGGAUAAGCUCUGUUCGGUGGGAGAGGUCAUUCUUCAGUCAAAUCCUGACAACUCGGAGUGGCCUAGGCGCAUCCAGACUUUUUUUGAAGGAAAAAAUCUGGAAACUAAAAUGGUCACCCAGUCUGUUGAAAUAAAUAUUACAGGAAUGUACUAUCUUUACUUUAUGUUUUGUGAUCCACAACUUAAUGCCACAAGAAUCAAAGGACAAACUGUGUGGAGAAACCCGGGAGGCUAUUUACCCGGGAAGAUGGUUCCUUUGAUGACUUUCUAUGGAAUUGCAUCUUUAGCUUAUCUUUUGCUUGGUGUAUUGUGGUUCUCAAGAUUUGUCAAGUUCUGGAAGGAUAUCAUACAGUUGCAUUAUUAUAUAACAGCUGUAAUUGCUCUUGGCAUGUCUGAAAUGGCUCUCUGGUAUUUUGAAUAUGCAAAUUUUAAUGCAACUGGAAGUAGACCAAUGGCAAUUACACUGUGGGCUGUGAGUGUUACUUCUGUAAAGAAGACAUUUUCUCGCUUGCUGCUUCUGGUUGUUUCGAUGGGAUAUGGCGUUGUGAGACCUACCAUUGGUAAUUUAACACCAAAAUUACUUCUGGGCACUGUAUACUUCAUUGCUACAGAGGCUCUUGAACUUGUUGAACAUUUGGGCAACAUAAAUGACUUUUCUGGGAAAGCAAAGUUAUAUUUGGUGCUGCCUGUUGCUUUCUUGGAUACCUGGUUUAUUUUGUGGAUAUUCUCCUCUUUAUCCCAUACACUAGAAAAACUUCAGAUGCGGAAAAGCAUGGUGAAACUGGAUCUUUAUCGAAAAUUUACAAAUUCCCUUGCAGUUUUUGUGCUACUCUCUAUUGCUUGGGUUGGUUUUGAGCUUUACUUCAAAGCAAGUGACCCUCUAAGUGAGCUGUGGCAAAUUGCCUGGAUAAUUGCAUCUUUUUGGACUCUGCUUGCCUUUUCUCUGUUGGUAGUGAUAUGUGUCCUUUGGGCUCCUUCACGCAACCCAACAAGAUAUGCAUAUUGUGGGGAGACUGUCGAUGACAUCGAUGAAGAGGCCAUUUCACUUACAACCGGAGUAAAAGUUGUUCCAGACAUUGGUGCCAAGCUUGAAAGGAAAGAAAAAAGGGGUUCUUCAUCAACUGAUGCUCUAACUGGACUAAGAGAAGAUCUCGAGGAGGAUAAACGAGAAUAA